AUGGGGAAGGACCAGGAGCUGUUGGAAGCUGCUCGCACUGGAAAUGUGGCUCUGGUGGAGAAACUCCUGUCUGGCAGGAAAGGAGGGAUCCUGGGCGGUGGAUCCGGACCCCUGCCCCUGUCUAAUCUGCUAAGCAUCUGGCGAGGCCCCAAUGUGAACUGCACAGACAGUUCGGGUUACACUGCUUUACACCAUGCAGCCUUAAAUGGACAUAAGGACAUAGUUCUCAAACUGCUUCAAUAUGAGGCAUCAACAAAUGUAGCAGACAACAAAGGUUAUUUUCCUAUUCACCUGGCUGCCUGGAAAGGAGAUGUGGAAAUUGUGAAGAUUCUUAUUCAUCAUGGACCAUCGCAUUCCAGAGUCAACGAACAGAACAAUGAAAAUGAAACUGCCCUACACUGUGCAGCUCAGUAUGGACACUCAGAAGUAGUUGCUGUUCUCCUGGAAGAGCUCACCGAUCCUACCAUCAGGAACAGCAAGCUGGAAACUCCUCUGGACCUGGCAGCCCUCUAUGGACGGCUUAGAGUGGUCAAAAUGAUCAUCAGUGCACACCCUAACUUAAUGAGCUGCAACACUCGAAAGCACACACCACUACACCUUGCUGCACGCAAUGGUCACAAAGCAGUUGUUCAGGUGCUGCUGGAAGCAGGAAUGGAUGUGAGCUGUCAAACAGAAAAAGGGAGCGCACUUCACGAAGCAGCUUUGUUUGGAAAGGUAGAUGUUGUGCGAGUUCUGUUAGAAACAGGAAUUGAUGCCAACAUAAAAGAUAGCUUAGGUAGAACUGUCUUAGACAUUCUGAAAGAACAUCCAUCUCAGAAAUCUCUCCAGAUUGCAAGUCUCUUACAAGAAUAUUUAGAAGACGUGGGAAGAUCAACAGUCCUUGAAGCACACAUACAGGAAGAUACAACACAAGAAACACAUAUUUCAUCUCCUGUUGAGUCUCCUUCCCAGAAGACCAAAAGUGAAACUGUGACUGGAGAAUUAUCGAAACUCUUGGAUGAAAUAAAGCUCUGUCAAGAAAAGGAUUAUUCUUUUGAAGAUUUGUGCCACACAAUAUCAGACCACUACUUAGAUAAUUUGAGCAAGAUUUCAGAGGAAGAACUUGGGAAAAAUGGAAGCCAGAGUGUCAGAACUUCAUCUACAAUAAAUUUGUCACCAGGAGAAGUGGAAGAAGAAGAUGAUGAUGAAAACACUUGUGGGCCCUCAGGACUCUGGGAAGCAUUAACUCCUUGUAAUGGAUGUAGGAACCUUGGCUUCCCCAUUCUUGCACAGGAGUCCUAUCCAAAGAAGAGGAAUUACACUAUGGAAAUUGUACCAUCUGCUUCUCUGGAUACAUUUCCUUCAGAAAAUGAGAACUUUCUAUGUGAUCUCAUGGACACAGCAGUUACAAAGAAACCUUGCUCCUUAGAAAUUGCAAGGGCCCCUUCUCCAAGAACUGAGAAUGCCUCUGAGGUAGCAAUUACUGCUCCAGGAACUAGUAACCAUAGAAACAGCUCCACAGGCCCAACACCUGACUGCUCACCUCCAUCCCCUGACACUGCCCUCAAAAAUAUUGUAAAAGUCAUUCGACCCCAGCCUAAACAACGAACAUCUAUUGUGUCUUCUCUGGAUUUUCAUCGAAUGAAUCACAGCCAAGAAUAUUUCGAAAUCAACACAUCUACAGGGUGUACAAGCUUUACUUCCAGCCCUCCUGUUAGUCCACCCACCUCUUCUGUGGCAACCACAGAAGUCAAGAACGAGGGAACUGGCCGUACAGAUGAUCUCUCUCAAGAGGAGGACAAUGAUCCCCCAAAAGAAUAUGAUCCUGGGCAAUUUGCAGGCCUUCUCCAUGGAUCCUCUCCAGCCUGUGAGUCCCCUGAAAAUCCAUUUCAUCUCUAUGGGAAAAGAGAUGAACGUGAAGACGGAAAAGAUGAAGUUAGUUUGACAAAUAGUCCUUUGCCUUUCAAGCAGACUCCAAUAGAAAAUAACUCAGAACCUUUGGUAAAGAAAAUUAAACCCAAAGUAGUCAGUAGAACAAUUUUUCACAAAAAAAGCAACCAACUCGAAAACCAUACCAUUGUUGGCACAAGAACAACUAGGAGUGGAUCCCGGCAUGGGGACCAGUGGAUUGUGAACACGGGGGGAUUUGUGGAGAGAGCCUGUACCCUGGGAAGAAUAAGGUCAUUGCCAAAAGCCCUGAUCGACAUGCAUUUAUCAAAAAGUGUCUCUAAAUCGGAUUCUGAUCUCAUUGCCUACCCUUCAAAUGAGAAAACAUCAAGAGUUAACUGGACUGAAUCUUCAACUGCUGAUCGCAGUUCUAAAGGGACUUCUGAAAGAGCUCCAUCCUUCACUUCCGAAUGGGAAGAAAUUGACAAAAUAAUGAGUUCCAUAAAUGUUGGAAUUAACAGUGAACUUGAAGAAAUUAAUGGUGAGAACACAAGACCCAGAUGCCCUGUCCAAACAGUGGGACAAUGGUUGGAAAGCAUUGGGCUACCUCAGUACGAGAACCACCUGAUGGCUAAUGGAUUUGACAAUGUGCAGUUUAUGGGAAGCAAUGUUAUGGAAGAUCAAGAUCUGUUGGAAAUUGGAAUCCUUAAUUCUGGGCACAGACAAAGAAUUCUACAGGCAAUCCAGCUCCUUCCAAAGAUGAGACCCAUUGGCCAUGAUGGCUACCAUCCCACAUCUGUUGCUGAGUGGCUGGAUUCCAUUGAACUAGGUGACUACACCAAAGCCUUUCUGAUUAAUGGCUAUACAUCGAUGGACCUGUUGAAAAAAAUCUGGGAGGUUGAACUUAUUAAUGUUUUAAAAAUCAAUUUGAUUGGCCACAGGAAACGUAUCUUGGCAUCUCUAGGAGACAGGCUGCACGACGAUCCACCACAGAAGCCCCCUCGGUCCAUCACCCUCAGGGAACCCAGUGGUAAUCACACUCCUCCUCAGUUGUCUCCAUCACUUAGCCAAAGCACUUACACCACUGGUGGCUCCCUAGACGUUCCUCACAUUAUCAUGCAGGGCGAUGCAAGGAGGAGAAGAAAUGAAAACUACUUUGAUGAUAUUCCCCGAUCAAAACUGGAGAGGCAGAUGGCCCAGCAGUCGUCUGUCUGUGAGAUAUGGACGAAUCAGAACGCUGGAUUUCCUUUCUCAGCCAUCCAUCAGGUUCAUAAUACAGGAGACUGGGGAGAACCUUCCAUUACCUUGCGACCUCCAAACGAAGCCACAGCCUCAACUCCAGUGCAGUACUGGCAACACCACCCGGAAAAGCUCAUCUUCCAGUCGUGUGAUUACAAAGCUUUUUAUUUAGGUUCUAUGCUGAUAAAAGAGCUCAGGGGGACAGAAUCAACCCAAGAUGCUUGUGCAAAAAUGCGGGCUAACUGUCAGAAGUCUACAGAGCAAAUGAAGAAGGUCCCUACUAUUAUUCUUUCAGUCUCUUAUAAAGGAGUCAAAUUUAUUGAUGCAACAAAUAAGAACAUAAUUGCCGAACAUGAAAUUCGUAAUAUCUCCUGUGCUGCCCAGGACCCAGAAGACCUCUCAACAUUCGCUUAUAUCACAAAAGAUUUGAAGUCCAAUCACCACUACUGUCACGUGUUUACUGCCUUCGAUGUGAAUUUGGCCUAUGAGAUCAUCCUAACGCUGGGACAGGCAUUUGAAGUUGCUUACCAGCUCGCGCUGCAAGCCAGGAAAGGGGGGCAUUCCUCCACGCUUCCAGAAAGCUUUGAAAACAAGCCCUCCAAGCCCAUCCCCAAGCCCCGAGUCAGCAUUCGCAAGUCGGUGCAGAUCGACCCAUCUGAGCAAAAGACUCUGGCCAACCUGCCGUGGAUUGUGGAGCCGGGACAAGAAGCCAAGAGGGGAAUAAAUACCAAGUAUGAGACCACGAUUUUCUGA